AUGUCAACCGUCAUCGUGGGAGGAGGCAUAAUUGGUGUCUCAAUUGCCUACUAUCUCUCAAUCAACCAACCAGAAAACGAAAUUCACAUCAUAGAACAGUCUCCGAAAAUUUUCAGCUCAGCCUCUGGAUACGCAGCUGGUUUCCUCGCCCGCGACUGGUUUGACCCGGCGGUAGCUUCCCUCGGGGCCCUUUCAUUCGACCUCCAUCACCAGCUUGCUGCAGAGCAUGACGGUAGUAAGAAAUGGGGGUUUAUGAAGGGAACUGCUUUCAAUCUGGAUACUGUGUCUAAUCAAAAAGCCGGCGGUGCCCGAGGAGAUGACUGGGUUCAUGAGGAUACCAGUCGUGCGGAGACAGCAGCUGCGAUACAGCCCAUCCCAGCUGACUGGCCGGUUUGGCUGACAAAGCAGCAAGGAGGUAUUCUUGAAAGAAUUAGUGAAGGUGAAACUGUGGCACAGGUAGACCCGUUGAGGUUAUGCCACUUUCUUAUCAAUGAAGCUGUUUCGCGAGGCGUCAAAAUUCACAGCCCAGCUAAAGCAACUGCCGUUGUGAAAGACGAUAGUCAGUUUAUCACUGGAGUCAAGGUUCUUGAUUUGGAAUCCAAGGAUGAGUCCAUAAUUCCAUGCACAAACUUGGUCCUGAGCGUAGGCGCUUGGACACCGCAAGUUCUGCGAGAGCUCUUUCCUUCUACGAACACAUCAUUUGAUCUGUCACCUCUGGCUGGAUAUUCUCUGGUCGUCCGCUCACCUCGGCAUACAUUGGACCACGAGAAAUUCAUAUACAGUGGCAGAAGCCACGCAGUCUUUACUACUCAUCCACCUUCAUGCGGGUUCAGCCCGGAAAUUUUUACACGGGAAGGUGGUGAAAUUUAUAUUGCAGGGUACAAUCCUGAUUUGAAGCUUCCAUUAUGUGUUGAAGAUAUCAGUAAAGUUUGGGACCCAACGGAGAUGCUGAAAUUGAAAGACGUCGCAGUCCGCUUAAUGGGUGAUCUCAAAGAACAAAAACUGGGAUCAACUGAUGAUGUGGUUAAUAUAGACGAUUUGGAAGUUCUACGUGAAGGUCUUUGCUUCCGGCCGGUAGGUAAAGAUGACAUUCCUACUAUUGGACGGAUUGGAGGCGCCUCUUUGGGUAAUGAUCUGCUCUCACCUCCUGGAGGCAGUGUUUAUAUUGCCACUGGGCAUGGGCCAUGGGGUAUUUCUCUGUCAUUGGGCACUGGAAAAGUGGUGAGCGAGAUGAUAAAAGGGCUGCCUAUAUCUGCCGACGUGGGUGGUCUUGCUGUUCCAGAGAAUGAUUCGGAAGCGAACCUGGAAUGA